AUGGCCGACGGCGCCCACAACGACGGCGGUGCCGACGACGACGGGCAAGGGAUCUACGACCCGUUCCUUGUGCCGGACGACGACUUCGAUGACGACGUCUUCAACUUGCUGGACAUGAACGGCGGAAUGGACGCGCCGCCGCCGCCGCCGCCGCUGCAGGCAGCACCGGGGCAAAGCGCCGUCGCAGCAGGUCCUUCCGGCGACAAUAAUCUCCUAGAGUGGCCGCCACCAACGCUGGACUACAUCAACGACUCCGUCGUCGACAACAGGGAUCCGAUGCACAAUAAUGCCACCCUGCUUGCCGACGAUCCUACUACUAGUAGCGCAAGACGUCGUCGUCGGCAAGACAUGGGCGUUGCAGGUACGUCGUCGGCAGCCGCACCAAGGCCGCCGCCGCCGCCGCCGUCGUCGUCUGCCGUGCACCAGAACGCGUCGUUAGACUGCACCGGCUGCCAGGUUCUUCGAGAAAUUGUGCACUGCAACGGGCUUGAAGCGACGAAGUUAGGUGUCCAUGGGGUCGCCGCCGGCGUGUUCCACCAUGCAACCCUAGAGGUGUAUCGCAUAGACUCCAACGGCCUGCAGGCAGCGACGAUGACAACACAACUGACGCAUCAGUCCUACGUCGAUUUCAGGGGCCGGGACUACGUGUGGGUAAAGCACUACCUGACGAACUACGCACGGCAGCGCGCUGGCGGCGGCUACGUCGUCCUGCAGGACUCCAUCUCGGCGUUCCAGGAUGCCCUGUGCACCAGCAUGGUCGUCUCCGGUGGCCAUGCCGACGACCACCGUGAAGCUGUAGCACAAGAGAUUAAUGGUGGCCACGCCGAUGACCACCGUGAAGCAGUGGCACCAGAGAUUAAUGGCGGCCACCAACGAGUAGUCGGCAGCCGUCCUGCUGAUGAUGACGGAGGCGCUGUGCAGCCUGCUAUGGUCGAGCAGGGCAGCGUGCCGGCAGAAACGUCUGCAGGGCCAUCGUCUAAACCAGAUGCUAAGGAGCAAGGACGACGACAAGAGAUUCCCCCGGCUGCCAAGACUGCACUCGCGAUCCAGAGGGAGAGAGCGAGCAACCUGCAGCUGGACGACAUUGCACGCUACUUUCACCUCCCGAUGGUGGAGGCUGCUAAGGAACUCCGCAUCUGUACCACUGUCCUCAAGGGCACUAGCCGUAAGUUCCACAUACGACGCUGGCCUUACCGGAAGAUUAAGAGCAUUGAUAGCCAGAUCGCCAAGCUGAGAAGGGGCAAUGGCGACCCAGCGGCCAUGAGACAGAUAGAGAGGCUCACCGAUUACAGGAGAAGGAUUUACGCUGGUCUGGAAUGAAUAGCAGAAACACUGUGCGCAUUUUACCCUGGAAAUAAUACUUGUUAGCACCACAGCUCCUUGAUUCUUGUAGUAAAAAAAGCUCAAUCGUGGAAUGCCAAGAACAACAUUCAUUUUGUUUUUGCAAGGACUUCAUGUGUGCUAAUAAUAAUGAAACGGAA